UUGCAUGAUGCAUUCUGUUUCACUUGGACAAGCCAGCUGACUGUCUCGAGCGCCGGGGAUUCACCAUUAACCCAAAGACAUGCUUCAGUUCAGCUGAAUCUCAUGAAUUCAUGUUUCCAGGAUCUAUAUGAGAGUUUCUCCCAUUUUACCCUCGGAUCAUUAUGAGUCGAAGCGAGCAUUCUUUGCAGGCGCUGUCCUGGAGAAAGCUAUAUUUGAGUAGAGCCAAACUCAAAGCCUCCAGUCGCACUUCGGCUCUUUUAUCGGGUUUCGCAAUGGUGGCCAUGGUGGAAGUACAGUUGGAUUCCAACCACGACUAUCCACCAGGACUUCUUAUCGCUUUCAGCGCUUGCACCACAGUCUUGGUGGCCGUCCACCUGUUCGCCCUCAUGGUGAGCACCUGCAUCCUGCCAAAUAUCGAAGCAGUUAGCAAUGUGCACAACCUCAAUUCGGUGAAGGAGUCCCCUCAUGAGAGAAUGCAUUGCCACAUCGAGCUUGCCUGGGCUUUUUCUACUGUCAUUGGAACGCUGCUCUUCCUCGCUGAGGUGGUCUUGCUUUGCUGGGUCAAAUUUUUACCCAUUAAGCCUAAAGACCAGAAAAAUGGGACUAUCUCUGCUGGGGUGGCUGCUGCUAUCACAUCAACCUCAAUUAUGGUGCCUUUUGGCUUGGUUUUUAUUGUCUUUGCUGUGCAUUUCUAUCGCUCGCUGGUCAGCCAUAAAACUGACAGACAGUUUCAAGAGUUAGAAGAGUUGGAAGACUUGCAAAAUGAACUGGACCAUAGAGGGGAGGCAUCCACCUUACAAUCUCCCGGUUCCUUUUACCCUUAAAUUUUUUGUUAAAGUGUAUAGUUUUAGGUUUGUCAUGUGUUUUUUUUAAACUACAAUAAGUAUUGGUCUAUUUGUUGUUGCAUGUUGACACGCAAUGUCCAGUUUUAUGUGUUCAGAAUUUGUAUAAUACUAGUUUUAAGAUAAUUGUAUCUGAUAACAGACUCAACCUUGAAAGCAUGCACUGCAUGUUUUAUGAGUAUUUUGUUGUCAUAUUUGCAUAGUAAUUUCAGUACGGUAGCUGUGCCAAUUUUGUUACUUAUUUGACUUUCAUUUUCAUAAAAGGCAAGCCACAUUCUUAAAGACAUUAGUGUACAUAAUUGUGUAUGCUGGGGAACCCAAAAGACGUUACAAGAAUACUGGUAAUAUAUUCAGCACUGAUCAGAGAGCGUAUUUUAAUAUUUAAUUGAGUAAAACUGCAGGGAAUAUUUUUAUGUCCACUUGACCAAAUAAUUUUUGAUUGCCAUUUUCAAUCAAGGCUUUUCUUUUGUACAGCUAAAUCUUAUUAGUACGACAUGAUUGACUAAAUGAACACCCCCUGAAUUAGCGCAUCUUAAUAGAAAUGAAGGCACUUUAUUUAAGAUGGACAUGUUUGUCUUACCUCUUUUGCUAGUACUUAAAACAACGUCCUAGUAGAGGAACCUCUGUUCAUUUUGAGAUUUGGAUACAAGUACUUGGCGGAAUUGAUUAUGCAGCAAACAAUUUAAUAUGUUUAUUUAUCAUAGGAGGCUACAUGGACUGUUUAAGCAUGUAGUUACAUUAUCAGAAUUGAAUAAAAUGGUACAGCUCCAUGUAUUAACAUAUGUAAUAUUGCCCUUUACUUUAAAUGUUCUAUAUUGCCAAAUACAAUCCAAUUAAAUUUUCCUAAGUUUGUAAAAUAAUAUUCUUGUUGUUGAAACAACCUUUUGGAAAGUUUGUUUUUGCCUCACUUUUUAAUCUUUGCACAGCAUGUGCUGCAAUUUAAAACAACACUGUUUAAUACUUCUUUUUUUUUUUUUUUUUUUUUAUGAAAGUCUUAAUUAAAUAAAAUU